AUGAGCUCCCAGUUAUAAACCUCAAAGAAGAAGUUCAGGCGACGUCAGCAGUGAAGCAAACGCCAGUCUGUCAUGGCGUCAGGAGUGGAUCAGACAGUCGGUAUGAGCCUCGUCGUCUUCAGCCUCCUUUUGUUUACGUAUUACUCAGUUUGGGUCAUCGUCCUGCCGUUCGUUGACGACGAUCACGUUCUGCACAAGUAUUUUCUUCCUCGGGAGUUUUCAGUCAUUCUGCCCGGAGCCGCAGCCGUGAUCCUGCUGCUCUGUAUAGGAGCCUUCACUGCCGUGAUCAUGUGGAAAAGUCGCAAACCAAAGAAAGUGGACUGAUGUGGCAAUGUUAGCACGACUGUUAAACUUUAAAGUUAACGGAACAAACAAAAAACAACUCCCGCCCCCACAAAUAAACCCUGCCUCCGUUCUUUAACAGUAGCUGCUGGAUGAAGACGCUGAUGAAGGUUAUAUUUUUCUAAAAACAUAUUUUCAUUUCCUGUGUUUUAUUUUGACCUAAGGGUCCAGUGUGUAAAAAAAAGAAGAAAAAAUUUGACUAAUUUGAAGAUAAAAUACCAUCACGUUGA